GCUAACACGGGACAUGGUUUAAAAGGCCAGGUGGUAGGCUAAGGCAGGUCACUCCUUAGAGUAGAGCCAGUCCAACCCUUCCAGCAACCAUGACCUACAACGGCACUUGGAAUGUAGACCGCAGCGAGAACUAUGAGAAAUUCAUGGAGCAGAUGGGAAUCAACAUGGUCAAGAGGAAGCUGGCCGCUCACGAUAACCUUAAGAUCAUCCUCGAACAAACUGGAGACAAGUUUGUCGUGAAGGAGGCCAGUACUUUCCGCACGCUGGAUUUGGAAUUUACCCUGGGAGUCACCUUUGAGUAUGCCCUUGCAGAUGGGACAAUGCUAUCAGGUUCAUGGGGCAUGGAAGGAGACAUGAUGAAAGGUACAUUCACCAGAAAGGACAAUGGAAAGGUGCUGACAACUACCAGAGCCAUUGUUGGAGAGGAACUUGUACAGAGUUACAGCUACGAUGGAGUCGAAGCCCAGAGAUUUUUCAAGAGGGGUUAGAGGAAACCGAUCAACCAAUCCAACCGCUAAGAACAAGAAGCGUUACCUUCAAAUCCAGAAUGAUACCAUUGUGACACUGAACAUUUUACAACCUUUCCUAAGCCAUUGGACCACUUCAGGUCUUUGUAACAUAACAUAAUUAUUAGCUGUACAAAAGUAACUAUUUGUAAUAGAAAUGUAUAAAGCAGGUUUGAUUUGCACUUCAAGUUUUGAUAUUUUAAGAAGUAAACACAUUUUCUGAAUUUCUCAAUGUGCGCAUAAUGUAUACAGAUAUUUAUGAAUAUUCACGAUUAGAUGAGUACAAGCACAGUACUGCAAUACGCUAUUGCCAAUGACUGACUCACUGUUGGCAAUCAUCAAUGGAAAUCAAGUGACUUCAUAAACCAGAGGCAUACAAAACACGUUUAGUGAUUGCAUCAUUUUAAGUUUAUUAAACAAUGAAUAAAUAUAAAUGCAUAGGCAUCUCCAAAAA